AAUCGCCCGUUCCCCUUGGUGGCCCUCAGGGCUGGGUUUGCAGGUACCUCAGGCAGGCUGGGCUGCAGCCCCGUGCUUUCUUGUGUCCUCGUAGGGGAGCUUAUCCGCAUGCCCAAGAUGGGGAAGACCAUCCACAAGUACGUCCACCUGUUCCCCAAGCUGGAGUUGUCGGUGCACCUGCAGCCUAUCACGCGCUCCACGCUGAAGGUGGAGCUGACCAUCACGCCCGACUUCCAGUGGGAUGAAAAGGUCCAUGGCUCAUCAGAGGCGUUCUGGAUUCUGGUGGAGGAUGUGGACAGCGAGGUGAUCCUGCACCACGAGUAUUUCCUCCUCAAGGCCAAGUAUGCGCAGGACGAGCACCUCAUUACGUUCUUCGUGCCCGUCUUUGAACCGCUGCCCCCUCAGUACUUCAUCCGUGUGGUGUCUGACCGCUGGCUCUCUUGUGAGACCCAGCUGCCUGUCUCUUUCCGGCACCUGAUCCUACCAGAGAAGUACCCACCCCCAACCGAGCUUCUGGACCUGCAGCCCUUGCCCGUGUCUGCCCUGAGAAACAGUGCCUUUGAGAGCCUUUACCAAGAUAAAUUUCCUUUCUUCAACCCCAUCCAGACCCAGGUGUUUAACACCGUGUAUAACAGCGAUGACAACGUGUUUGUGGGGGCCCCCACGGGCAGCGGGAAGACCAUCUGUGCGGAGUUCGCCAUCCUGCGGAUGCUGCUGCAGAACUCGGAGGGGCGCUGUGUCUACAUCACCCCUAUGGAGGCUCUGGCGGAGCAGGUGUACAUGGACUGGUACGAGAAGUUCCAGGACAGGCUCAACAAGAAGGUGGUGCUCCUGACGGGGGAGACCAGCACGGACCUGAAGCUUCUGGGCAAAGGCAACAUCAUCAUCAGCACCCCCGAGAAGUGGGACAUCCUUUCCCGGCGGUGGAAGCAGCGCAAGAAUGUCCAGAACAUCAACCUCUUCGUGGUGGAUGAGGUCCACCUUAUCGGGGGCGAGAACGGGCCCGUGCUAGAGGUGAUCUGCUCCCGGAUGCGCUACAUCUCCUCCCAGAUCGAGAGGCCCAUUCGCAUUGUGGCCCUCAGCUCCUCGCUCUCGAACGCGAAGGACGUGGCCCACUGGCUGGGGUGCAGCGCCACCUCCACCUUCAACUUCCACCCGAACGUGCGCCCCGUGCCCUUGGAGCUGCACAUCCAGGGCUUCAACAUUAGCCACACACAGACUCGCCUGCUGUCCAUGGCCAAGCCCGUGUACCACGCCAUCACCAAGCACUCGCCCAAGAAGCCCGUCAUUGUCUUCGUUCCGUCUCGCAAGCAGACGCGCCUCACCGCCAUCGACAUCCUCACCACGUGUGCGGCCGACAUCCAGCGGCAGAGGUUCCUGCACUGCACGGAGAAGGACCUGAUCCCCUACCUGGAGAAGCUGAGUGACGGCACGCUCAAGGAGACGCUGCUAAACGGGGUGGGCUACCUGCACGAGGGGCUCAGCCCCAUGGAGCGGCGCCUGGUGGAGCAGCUCUUCAGCUCAGGGGCUAUCCAGGUGGUGGUAGCUUCUCGGAGUCUCUGCUGGGGCAUGAAUGUGGCCGCCCACCUGGUGAUUAUCAUGGAUACCCAGUACUACAAUGGCAAGAUCCACGCGUACGUGGAUUACCCCAUCUACGACGUGCUGCAGAUGGUGGGGCAUGCCAACCGCCCUUUGCAGGAUGACGAGGGGCGCUGCGUCAUCAUGUGCCAGGGCUCCAAAAAGGAUUUCUUCAAAAAGUUCUUAUAUGAGCCUUUGCCAGUAGAGUCUCACCUGGACCACUGUAUGCAUGACCACUUCAAUGCUGAGAUUGUCACCAAGACCAUUGAGAACAAGCAGGACGCCGUGGACUACCUCACCUGGACCUUUCUGUACCGCCGCAUGACGCAGAACCCCAAUUAUUACAACCUGCAGGGCAUCUCCCAUCGUCACUUGUCUGACCACUUGUCGGAGCUCGUGGAACAGACCCUGAGUGACCUGGAGCAGUCCAAGUGCAUCAGCAUUGAGGACGAGAUGGACGUGGCGCCUCUGAACCUGGGCAUGAUCGCUGCCUACUAUUACAUCAACUACACCACCAUUGAGCUCUUCAGCAUGUCCCUGAAUGCCAAGACCAAGGUGCGAGGGCUUAUUGAGAUCAUCUCCAAUGCAGCCGAGUAUGAGAACAUUCCCAUCCGGCACCAUGAAGACAACCUCCUGCGGCAGUUGGCCCAGAAGGUCCCCCACAAGCUGAAUAACCCUAAGUUCAACGACCCGCACGUCAAGACCAACCUGCUUCUGCAGGCUCACCUGUCCCGCAUGCAGCUGAGUGCUGAGCUGCAGUCGGAUACAGAGGAGAUCCUUAGCAAGGCCAUCCGGCUCAUCCAGGCCUGUGUGGAUGUCCUCUCCAGCAACGGGUGGCUCAGCCCGGCUCUGGCAGCCAUGGAGCUGGCCCAGAUGGUCACCCAAGCCAUGUGGUCCAAGGACUCAUACCUGAAGCAGCUGCCACACUUCACCUCAGAGCACAUCAAACGUUGCACAGACAAGGGGGUGGAGAGUGUUUUUGACAUCAUGGAGAUGGAGGAUGAAGAGCGCAACGCGUUGCUUCAGCUGUCCGAUAGCCAGAUCGCAGACGUGGCCCGCUUCUGUAACCGCUACCCCAACAUCGAGCUGUCCUACGAGGUGGUGGACAAGGACAGCAUCCGCAGUGGCGGGCCGGUUGUGGUGCUGGUGCAGCUGGAGCGAGAGGAGGAAGUCACAGGUCCCGUGAUCGCGCCUCUCUUCCCACAGAAACGUGAAGAGGGCUGGUGGGUGGUGAUCGGAGAUGCCAAGUCGAAUAGCCUCAUUUCCAUCAAGAGGCUGACCCUGCAGCAGAAGGCCAAGGUGAAGCUCGACUUUGUGGCCCCGGCCACUGGCGCCCACAACUACACCCUGUACUUCAUGAGCGACGCUUACAUGGGAUGUGACCAGGAGUACAAAUUCAGCGUGGAUGUGAAAGAAGCUGAGACAGACAGUGACUCAGACUGAGUCCAGAGGCCUUUGCUCUUGCACAGAGAGAAGAGGUGAACCUGAGUUUGGUACAUGUACGCUGUCAUGGGACCUCAGUCUUGGAGACCCGGUCUGUCUGCGUGAGGUCUGGCCAGCCAGUGCCGCCGCGGUCCCAGCCCACCCCAUUACUUUCCACUCCGGCUCCCUUGCCAUCCAAACUUCGGAUCUAGUGUCUGCAGGUGUCAGGCAUAAACUGUGUACACCAUUUUUAGGCAUGUUCUUUGCAGUUCCUUUUGAGUCACACAUUCUAAUAAAAUGACUUGGA